AUUGCUUAACACAGUAUUUCGUAAAAACAAAGUGCCAAAAAUAAAAGAAGAAAUUUUAUUUUAGGAGCAGUCUCUCCCGAAAGAAAUUCAAGGGUCUUCUUUUCUCAUCAACUUUCUCUCCUAAUGCAAAAAUGUUUUCCCUCUUUUUCUUUUUUUUUUCCCUCUCACUCUAAACAGCCACUAGUUCUACAGUCUGCUCCAAGUACUUGAAGAAUUUGCCUCACAUUUUCUAUUCCUUUUCAAUUGCUUUAAACUUUGAAUUAUUAGCUUCUGCAAACAUUGGGGUUUUACUUGAGUUUGGCCGCUAGGAACUGUUUGAUGGUGGGUGGUUCUUGCUUCUCGUUUAAAAUUGGCUGUGCUGACUGCUGGGUCAAGAAGAUCUUUCGGUGAUUGUUGCUAUAAUGGUUGAAGAUUUUGGAUGAUAGUGAACAACUGAUAAAUAGGAUAAGAGAUCUGAGUGUUUAAUCUUGAAAUUCUGUCAACCAUGGAGUGUAACAAAGAGGAGGCCAUCAGAGCUAAGGGAAUUGCUGAACAGAAGAUGCAAAAUGGCGAUAUUGAGGGUGCAAAGAAGUUUGCAUUGAAGGCCCAGAAAUUGUUCCCUGAGCUUGAGAACAUAACACAAUUGUUAGCUGUAUGUAAUGUUCAUUAUUGUGCAAAACACAACCUAUAUGGGUCAGAAAAGGAUUGGUAUGGGAUUCUUCAGAUUGAACAGUCAGCUGAUGAGAGUUUAAUAAAGAAGCAGUUCAGAAAACUCGCAUUAUUGCUUCAUCCGGACAAGAAUAAAUUUCAUGGUGCUGAGGCUGCUUUUAAGUUGAUUGGGGAAGCAAACAGGGUACUUACAGACCAAACAUCACGUUCUCAAUAUGAUUUGAAGUGCAGAGUCUCAGCAAAAACUGUACCAAAGCCAACUUCUCACCCAACAAGUAGGGCCUCCUCUGUCAAUAGUCAGUCUGAGUUUGCAAGCAAUUACAGAAAUGGUUCUUCAAAGUUCACAGCUUCGAAUUCCUUUCAGCAGGCACACCAUCUAACAUUUUGGACUCUCUGCAGUGCUUGUGGUUUCAAAUUCCUGUGUAACAAAGAUUUUGUGAACAGAAUUUUACAUUGUCUUUCAUGUCGAUCUUCCUUCAUUGCUCAUGACUUGGGUCCUCAAGGAUACUCUUGGAGCCACUUCUCCAAUCUGAAAGAGGUUCGAAAUGAGGGUCCUUGUAAAGCAUCUUCGCAACACAAUAGCGGCAAGCCUUUUGGUGUCCACUUUCCGCAUAAAUUUGCAGGGUCUGCUCCUAGUCCAAAGGCAGGAAGCUCUCAGGCUGGUGAUUCUAAGAAACAAGAGAAAGUAGGUGUUAGAGUGCAGCAGACUAAGGAGGGCUUUACAGCUCAGAAAGCAGAUGAGUUUUCAAAUGCGAGGGACAGAAAGAGAGGUAUUGAAAUGCCUAAGCCUAAUUUGCCAAAGCCCAAGAAAUCAGGAACUUCAAAAAAUGCCAAGAAGAGAACAAGGAAAUCAGUAGUGGAGUCUGAUGAAAGUUGUGAGACUGCAAGUGGGAUUAAAGUUGAAAAUGUGGUCAGUCAGGAAGAUUGCAGUAAUAAUGCUGGGGUGAAUUCAAAUGUGAAUGGAGGCCAUCCUUCUAGGAGAUCUUCAAGGCAAAAACAACCUGUUUCUUAUGAGGAGAAGUUGGCAGAUGAUGAUGAUGACCUUGAAAGCCCCUAUAAAAAAUCUAAGGUAACGGCAGCACCCAAUGCUAAUGCAGAAAAGGUGAAUAAUGAGGUAAUGAAAAAGGAAAAUUCUGGUGGCUGUACUGCCCCUGCAGAUGUAUGUAAGAAAGAAGUCAAACAGAAAGCAAGUGCCCCUUCUGAACACACUGUCUCCAACAAGAAAAGAAAAGCUGGAGAGUCGAAGGGGAAGGAAGAGGAAACUGUUGUACUUGAUAGCAAUAAUAUGGUGCACCAGUUUGAUAGUGGUUUUGAGUCAAGUAGAGAAGUGAAUCCAUCUCCUCAGGUCCUUGAAUACCCUGAUCCAGAGUUCAGUGAUUUUGAGAAGCACAAGGCAGAGAACUGUUUUGCUGUUAAUCAAGUAUGGGCUAUAUACGAUACAUUGGAUGGCAUGCCCAGAUUUUAUGCACGGGUGAAGAAGGUGUUUGAUCCUGGCUUCAAGCUACGAAUUACUUGGCUAGAGCCUGACCCAGAGGAGGCAAAUGAGCAGAACUGGGUGGAUCUGGAUCUACCUGUUUCUUGUGGCAAGUACUGCUAUGGGUCUUCAGAAGUAUGCAUAGAUCGUCUAAUGUUCUCUCAUCGAAUUGACCCUAUAAAAUGUUUUGGUAAAUGCUUUUUCUUUGUCUAUCCUCAAAAAGGGGAAACUUGGGCUCUCUUCAAAGACUGGGAUAUUAAAUGGGUUUCAGAGCCAGAAAAGCAUAAACCACCAUACCGGUAUUAUUUUGUCGAGGUUCUAACUGAUUUUGACGAGGAACUUGGCAUUGGGGUUGCGCAUUUGGGUAAAGUGAAAGGAUUUGUCAGUAUUUUCCAACAAAUUGAACGUGAUGGGGUUAUCUCAUUUCAGGUCUCAUCACGGGAGCUAUAUAGGUUUUCGCAUCAAGUUCCCUCAUUCAGAAUGAGUGGCAAGGAAAGAGAGGGUAUUCCUGUGGGAUCUUUUGAGUUGGAUCCUGCUUGUCUUCCUAGCUACCUUUUUGAGUUAGUUGAUUCUGCUGAUAUGAAGCUGGAUGAUCACAACCUAGAUAAUGCAGAAAAUUGUUCUAGCCCUGAUCGUCCUCAUAAUCAAGCAAAAGCUACAAUAGAUUCAGAGAGGAUUCUCACUCCUGUAAGUAUUCAGAAGAGUGACGUUGAAAAAGAAGCCUCUGCAUUCAGAAAGCCUAUGAGAGGAUCAAGUCGUACACUUAAGGAUCAUGGUCAAGUUGAUGCAGUUCAUUAUAAGAACGAGGAUGAUAGUGUCGAAGUUAUACCUGAUUGCAACUUGAGCCAGCUUAAAGGAAGUUCUAUUUCAGGUGAUGCUGUUGAGAAUAUGAGCACCCCAAAAAAGUGUGAGAAAAGUGAUCUCAAUACAGAUUGCUUAAAACCUCAGAGUUCCCCGAGAUAUUUGAGGAGAAAAGGCAGUCAAGUAAAUGCAAGUCAACAUGACACCCAGGAAGAUGGCAAGAACCAUUCAGUUUCCAAUAAAUAUGAAAUGCGUGGCAGUUUUGGUACUACAAAAGGAAGGGAUUCCUUAAGUCCACCUAUCGGUAACAUGCAUUUCCAUGAGAGGGAUGGUAGUGCAGUUGAUGUUACUAAAAGCUCCAGUGUCUCUACACUGUUGUCUCCAGCUCGCAAAACUUCAAAUUUAGAGCGCCAUGAGUUCAAAAGGGAGAAAUCUGAGGACAAAUUUGAGGUUGAUCAAAUAUGGGCAUUAUAUAGUAGGGAUGGAAUGCCGAAGGACUAUGCUCAAGUUAAGAAGAUCGAAUCUACCCCUGAUUUUAGAUUGCAUGUGGCAAUGCUGUCGGUGUGCUCAAGACCCAAAGACUUGAAACUUCCUCUUUGUUGUGGGAUAUUUAAAGUUAAAUCUGGUCAAACCAAGGUUGUCUCCUGUAAUGAUGUCUCUCAUCAAUUAAAAGCUGAGCCCAGUGGGAAGAACAGAUACAAAAUUUACCCUAGAAAGGGGGAGGUUUGGGCAAUUCAUAAGAGCUGGAACACCACAGAUUCAGAAUCUGGCAAGGGUGAAUGUGACAUUGUGGAAGUGUUGGAAGAUAAUGAGAAGAGCAAAAAAGUUAUGGUUCUGUCAUGUUUAAAUAAACCUAAAUCACUUUAUAGGGCUCCAAGAAGUCAAAGAUCUACAGCUAGUGUUGUUGAAAUUCCUGAGACUGAAUUUGCUAGAUUUUCUCAUCAGAUACCUGCUUUCCAGCACACUGGAGAUGAUAGUCGCUGGAGAGGAUAUUGGGAGCUCGAUCCCUUGGCCUUUCCUGGUAUUAUUUGUCUAGACUGAAUCUGAUAUUUCCUCGUCGCAGUGUAACCCAGAGUAUGCUCCGUAUGAGAAAAUGGAAUGAACUGACAGGAAACUCCCCCUUUGGAAAUGAUGCGUGGCCUUAACCGUCAAUCAUUUUGUUCUGGCCAAAAAUGAUGUUCAGGUCUUUUGGAGAGUGAACUAAUUCAAGUAUUUAAGUUUUAGUUGCCAACUUGCAGUGAUGAUGAAUUGAAUUUUUAUAUGAUCUGCAUCAGGGCUUAUCUUGAAGCUUUCUAUUUGGGUAAAAUGAACUGGUUUUUCAUGUUAUUUGCAUAUGCAACUGUUUUUCUGAUAUGAGAGGGAUCUGUUUUUAUUCUAUUUGGCAUUUUUAAUGGUCUUUAGUUGGAA